UGGAUGUGUCGAUGUUGCGGAUGUUAGUACGACACGUAGCAGAAGCGUCGGCUACUUUUUGGACGUGUUAAAAACGGGAAAACGACGAAUGGACAAUUCGUCAGUUACUGCUGAAAGGCAUUCACUUCACUGAGCAAGUCGAUCCAGAAUAAUCCCGUUAACUAGAAGAAUCCUCCGCUAUCCCUGAGGCUUAUACAUUCCUUUUUAUAAAGUACAUAUCGUGGUUUUGGAGUCCACUUUUUUAUAUCUAGACUUAACUGUUUCAUUCUACGAGGAACUUCCAAAAUGCCUGCUGCACCAAGUUCUACAUCAGUGGGUGCGGCGAGUCGUUCCCCAAGCAAAGCAGUAGCGCCUCGUGCUGGUGGGGGAGGCACCGUAAGACAACGAAAAGCUGCUCCGGCGACUUCUGCGAGGAACAGGAGCACAGGGACCAACUCUGGUGGAAUGUGGAGGUUCUACACUGACGACUCUCCGGGAAUCAAAGUUGGACCAGUUCCAGUUCUCGUCAUGUCCUUGCUCUUCAUCGCGUCCGUCUUCAUGCUCCACAUUUGGGGCAAAUACACUCGAUCUUAAGCACUGAAAUAAUCGUUUAUCGAAGACUGUGAAUCUAUAAUUCGAAGUUGUCCGGAGGACAAAAAUGUAUCGACUUAUGCAAGCGCGAUGACUCUUAAACUUCCGUUACAACUUUACUUUCCACGUCAUGAGAUUGUGACAAAGCUAUCGUUUUAAGUAUUAGAUCUAAAUUAUCUUCAAUAAUUGUACAUUAGUGAUCUAUUCUAUAAUUAAUUCAUUCUUUUUCUAUUGUAAUACUUCUGUUUUCCGAUCUGCAUUCGUUCUAGAACCAAUCUACUUUCCUCCUUUCAGUAAUUUCCUAUUUAUUAGUGGAAUCUGCAUUUCACGAACCACACUUUUGUAUAAUUUAAUGGUGUUUAAGAGAUUUAAAGAGAUUAAGAUCAAGCAAUCAUGUAACUGAAAAUUAGGUAAAAAUACUUUUCAUGGGUUAAUCAAUCCUGAAGACCUGUAAAAGUUUUGAGUUAAUAUAUCUUUAUUUUAUAA